CAAUCGGAAUCUUCUGGAGGGACGGAGCUGCUAACGUCAAGCAACUUCACGCAGCGGGCUGGCGUUUCAUCUCCUACAACCAGGUUGCAGCACAUCUCUGGCUCCUUGGGAGGAAUCCUUGUCUCAGUCACAUCAGGGGGAAAAGUCAACCUAUCAAGUUGUGAGUGGAGCUCACGUGUUCGACCCAUUUGCUACUUCAGACAUCCGGCCAGUAUGUCCAGCGAUCCUCCCCCUCCAUACCCCGGAGGUCCCAGUGCGCCCCUCAUCCAGGAGAAGAACGGACAACCUGCAGUAAGGACUGCUCCUCCACAGGGGCAGCCUCUACCUCCAGACUACGGCCCACCACCUUAUGAAGGCCCGCAGCCAGGCUUCUUACCCCCACAUGUCCCUGGGGAAGGUCCCAUGCCAAUGCCAAUGCCAAUGUCAAUGUCAAUGCCUCCACCACCACAAGGUGGCCACUACCCUCCACCACCACCUGGUCACUUUCCUCAACCAAUGCCAGGACAGAUGGGUCCAGGUCCUGGUCACUUUGUCCACAUGGGAGGUCACACAGCGACGGUCCUGGCUCCUCCAGGCACAGCCACCACUGUGACCGUUCUGCAGGGGGAAAUGUUUCAGACUUCACCGGUGCAGACUGUUUGUCCGCACUGUCAGCAGGCCAUUGUCACUCGCAUCUCCCACGACAUCGGCCUCAUGAACACACUCUUCUGCCUCUUCUGCUUCUUUGUAGGCUGUGAUCUCGGCUGCUGCUUGAUUCCCUGUCUGAUUGAUGAUCUGAAGGAUGUGACGCACACCUGUCCUUACUGUAAGGGCUACAUUUAUACAUACAAGCGUAUAUGCUAACCACGGACAGCUGGAUGCUACAGAGACAUGUACAUGCACACACAUAAAACCGCACAGCACCCCCUGCUGGUAGUGACAGCCCCCCCCCCUUUACAUUUUUGCAAAGUGUUGUGUAGCCCUCUUGAAUUGUAAGUGCAGUUUUCUCAUUAGUUCACAGCAUAUUUUCUGUAUAUACUGUUCAGCCUACUUCUUUCAUGCAUUUGACAUGUACAGUUCUGACUUAAGCAUAGUGGGUGAAGGUGACGCAGAGAGGCACACAGGUAAAUUUGUGAUGUUUCGCAUGUGAAUGAAGAAAAAAAAAAAAAAAAAUUGGCCUGUUAGACGAAGCUGUGAAAAUAUCACCCUAUUUGAAUUCAUCUGUGAGUUUUGCUCAAUAGCAAGUGUGUUCAGACAUGCUGGGUUAGUCCUUAAGGUGUCCUUAAGGUAUUUUAUUUUGACAGUACAGUCAAUAUUUGCACUUUAAGUUAAAGUUCAUGUUUCCCCCUCAGAUGCAUCAUUUGUCUGGGGAAAAAAAAAAAAAAUCACCUAUGCAUCAUUUGGUUUUUACUUGGGUUUACUGUUAGCUGAGUGAAACCCACGAAGGUUGCAGCUUUUCAGAGUUCGGUAGAUUUGAAGUGGAGCUGGCAGACAGAGGGCUCGACUGUUACUGAUGGACAAACACUGCACAUCAUCUCAGUAGUGACUUGUCCGCUCGCUGGCCAAACGUUGAGUCUGGGUUCUUAUUUAAGAUUUUCAAAAUAAAGCUAUUUCAAAACAAAUGGAAAAUUGUUUCAACUGGCACAGCAUAUUCAUAUUUGCUAUUUCUGUUAAGUGUUUUUGUUAUGAAGUUAAUUUAUUUUGAAAUCAUUCCAGGUAGCUCUCACUAUAGCUAAAAAGUAGAACAUAAUUACAGUGGUGAUAGCAUCUUCACAGUGUUGAGCCCUUUAUGAUGACUUGCAUUGCUCAGAUACUUGUUAGAUAACUACAGAUAGCGAUACUAAAUAGUGAGCUCUCUGCUAGGAACAAGCUUUAAAUAAAAGGAUUAAAUCCAAUAUUGUGAUCCCACUGAAUUUAAUACUAACAAAUACAGUUCCACCAUCAGCAUGCCCGAUCUCUCAUGCACCGAGUGCAGAGUUUGCACGAGCCACACAUCAAAAUGAGUCAUUUUCACUGGCUAGUUCCUGAUUCUAUGUGCAUUUGUUUUUGUUUUCCUUGAGGCUAACAGAGCUCUGCAAGAAAAUCAAUGUGAAAUUAAGGAUUGCAUUGAAAUAUUAAUAUGGUGUAACAUGCACCAUUGUUGUACUGGUCUGCAUUGCUCUAAAUGUCUGAUAUGUAUAACUAUGUAAGUCAAAGAUUUGUUUGACUGUUGUAUACAGCUACUAUUUUAUCAAUAAAAAUCAUGAAGGAAA